AUGUACGCUUCCGCCUCGUCCCUCACCAGAUGGGGACUUGUCUUCUCCGCGGCUUCUGCUGCUGCCAGCAAUGUCCGUAUUGCCCCUAGAGAUACUACCCAGGCCCCUUCAGGCACAGCAGCUGCACCCGAGGUCACCGCCAUCACAGGAUGCCAUCUCCACGCUUCAGAACUAUAUUGUUUCGCUGGUGAGACCGAAUACAUGGUGGACAUCAAGGUCACUGCCACCACUGAUGUCCCCUCUCAAUAUACCGACUGCCAUUCCCAUGGCUCUGAUAUGUUUUGUGUCGGCUCGGAUGGUCAAGAUGUUGCUGUUCAAGCAGAAGGUGCUGAAUCAGAAGAUGACCACGAUCAUGAAGCAGGUGAAGAUCACGACCACGACCACAGCCAUGGAGAAGGUGCAGCCGAAACAGGAACUGCCGGUGACAAGACUGCAGAAAGUGAUAAUGAGCACUGUCAUUUCCAUGCCGGUGUCGAGCAUUGCACAGGUGGAGGCGGUCACGGUAGUUCAGAGACUGGCGAGGCAGAGUCUGGUUCCUCUUCUUCAGCUUGUCAACCUCGCAGAAGAGAUUAUGACGUUGGUCUCCGUGUCGGUCUCCUCUUCGUCAUAUUGGCCACGGGCGCCCUUGGUGUCUUUGGUCCCAUCCUCUUGCACAAGAUGAUGCCCAGUAAACUGAAUGUUGUUCUCAUUGUCUUGAAGCAGUUCGGUACUGGUAUCAUCAUCUCUACCGCCUUUGUUCACCUCUACACCCAUGCCUUUCUCAUGUUCAGCAACCAAUGUAUCGGUGAUUUGGGCUACGAGGCUACCACAUCCGCCCUCGUCAUGGCCGGCAUCUUUCUGUCUUUCCUUGUUGAAUAUAUCGGAAACCGUAUUGUCCUCGCAAAGACAAGGGCUUCGGCUGAUCUCUCCCUGGCUGAGAAGAAGAGCGUGUGGCUCUCCACCGAAGUUGUCAGUGUUCUUGUCAUGGAGUUGGGUAUCCUGUUCCACUCUCUCCUUAUUGGCUUGACUCUGGUUGUCGCUGGCGAUGAGUACUUCCUCACUCUCUUCGUCGUCAUUCUUUUCCAUCAAAUGUUUGAGGGUAUCGCUCUUGGAAGCCGAAUCGCCACUAUCGGUACUGCUGCCGACACUCACAGCGUCGUUGCCCCUCGUUCUUCUGAUGACAUAUCCUCCGCUCAGGACUCGGACAAGGCUCCUCCCGCUGCUACUGAGACCAUCUCCAACGAUGAGGCGGCCCAUACUGGUCUCUCCAUGAAGAAGAAGCUUGGUCUUGCUUCCCUCUUUGCCUUCAUCACCCCCAUCGGAAUGGCCAUCGGUAUUGGUGUUUUGCAAAAGUUCAACGGCAAUGAUAAGUCCACGCUUGUCGCCAUCGGUACGCUCGACGCUGUCUCCGCCGGUAUUCUUAUGUGGGUUGGCCUUGUUGAGAUGUGGGCUGCAGACUGGAUGACUGGAGGACAUGGCCACAAGGCUGAGCUCGCUGAUGCCAACAUCCUCACAACCAGUCUUGCUUUCUUGGGUUUGGUUGCUGGCCUAGUAGUGAUGAGUCUUUUGGGCAAGUGGGCAUAG